AUGGCGGCCACCGUCCAUCCUGCCCAAAAGGCACACAAAAUUCCUUCGGAUAGCCUCAAUGUCUGCCGUCGGACCCCAUUUUCCCUCCGUUCAGACCACAGCGACCGGCUCCUGUCCAAACUCCUAAGCCGGCAGACUUCGCCGCCUCCAGCGCCACGGCCAUCGAAACGGGCAAAGACGUCCCACGAUCAAGAACCCAUGGCAGCUGCCGCACGCAGGGCAAGACAGCGAAGGACGUGUAUACGCCUUCCGGAUCUUGCGUCUGAGAUUUUGGUCUUGAUUUUUGAGCAUGUACGAGAGUCAAGUCUCAGGGAUUUAGUAUCUGUGAGGCUGGUCUCCCGCUGGUUCGACAAGGUGGCCACGCCCGUCGAAUACCAGACCCUUGUCCUGACAAAACGGCUUCUCUACUUCCGAAAUCCCGAGCGCAUUUCUACCGCUUAUGCAAACAUAAGCCUGCAUACCAACCACGUAUUUGCGUCGAUUGACGAGAUCGAGAGCUGCCACGACAACCAUCGUGCUGUUGCCCAGAUCACGACCAGCAUUCAGAACUUGUUGACAUUCACAUGGCGGUAUGCGCGGACACGCUCCAGUUCAGCUUGCACCUGCCCUAUUGCCCGGCUAUUCCUCACCACCCCUGGAAGUCAUGGCAGGCUACGUCGAGGAACGCGUGUUUUUUUCGAGAACGUUGCGUCCCGGCACCUCGAGAAUCACCACAAUUUGUAUCUUGAGGCGAUCCCGACAGAACUGUUAGUAUCCUUAAAGAUGGCUAUCCCAAGUCCACCGCUCAUGACCGGCAUCAGCGGUCUGAAGCAGGUGCUGCUUAAUUCGAGGUUGCUGGAAGCCUUUCACUACCAAGAUAAGGGACAAGGGACCAAGUUCACGUUUUCGGCUGGGGAACGAUUGCCGCCACUUAAGCAGCUGAGGCUCGAGUGUUACGACUGGUGUCACUCCCGCGAGGAGGUCCUUCGGCACUGGGAUUUUUCACGUAUCCAAUCCCUGGAGCUCUUGGACAUGCCCGUGUUCAAGGCUCUUCGUGCCAUUGAAGCUUGCAACCUCUACGGACUACACACUUUAGUUACGCGUGACUCGGGGAUAUCAGACACGCGCGAAGAGCUCUCGGCGCACCUGGCCUGGAUCAUCCGCCAGAGAACUCGGUCACUGAAAAAGCUCGAGGUGACUGUAGACAUGCGGCACUUUGACCCAACCUCGCUGCUGGUGCACGCGACGUCUCUGGAAACGUUGUCCUUGCGGGACUUCAUUGGCUUUGGUGACGAGAGCCGGAGAUGUCCGACCAUGUGGCUUGAUCAUUUGAGUAUGCUGGCGACGGAGAUGAAAAAUCUGCACACGUUGGAGCUGGAUAUGGAUACUUUGAUGACGAAUCCUUCGGGCUUCAUUGAGACGCUGGCUCGCUUCCCAAGCCUUCACACUCUGACAUUGCAUGUUCAGACGGUGGUGCACCCUUGGGACGAAGUCAUAUCCGGUGUCGACAGGGACGCUGAAGCCGUCAUGCACAUCUUCACAGCACUGCUGAGGCACAAGUCGGCAGCCGCAGCCGCCAUGAAUUCGCACACCAGUCAGAAAGCCUGGCGUCAGGUGACGGUGAACGUUGGGGGCUGGAAGCCCGUCAUGGUACGGCGGCUCAGUCCGGCGUGGAGGAGCAAGAACGAGCACGGAGUGUAUGCGGAGCGCUGCUUCGUCAUGCAGCAGCAUCCGGGGGCUUCUUUGGCCGAUCCCUACUUCGUCACCGAGGUUGCCACCGAGGAGCUUGGAAGGGAACAGCGCGAGCAGCACCAGCAAAGAGAGCCCGUCAGGGCCUACCUACGUGGUACUGGGCUCGAAGAUCAGGCCAUUCCAGGACUUGAUCUCGGACAUCAGCCCAUAUCGGACAAUACUCAUCUCUUCACCGAAGUUGUACUGGAGUAUAUUUCGGGAGGCAACCGGCCGCCUGGGCCUAUCUUUGCACACCAGACUAAAGGAUAA